AUGAAACGUCGUCCCCAAAGUGCCAUAAUAACUAAACUGAUAAGAGAGAGAUAAGAAUCAGCAAGUUCUUAAAUGAUCUACUCUAAAAAGCAAACUCCAUAACAAGUAGCCCCAAAAGAGUAUUUUGAAGAUUAAGAACAAUUGUAUUUCGUGAAUUUGUAAUUGAAAUAAUAGUGUAAUGAGAUUAAAUAAGAAAAUUAAAAACUCAAAGCCUACAUAGCUCAAUUAAAAAAAUAAAUUGUGAGGAUUGAGAAGGUAGAUAAGUAUUAAGUAAACUGUGAUCCUCUUGGAGUAAUAUAGAGUGGAGAAGGGAGCAUAGUACCCAUUUUGAAAGCUAAAGUAAAGGAAUAGCGUAAUUAAAUUGAAGAACUAUAAACUGAUUUGCAUCAAUAGUAUAAGUCUGUUAAAUUGACAAAAUUAUCAGAGUUGUAAAGAGAAAUUUAGAAUUAGUAGAAUGAAAUAAUGAAACUCAGAUAAGUGAUUUAAUCUGCCCUCAAUAUUACUGAUUAAGAUUUGGUUAAUGAUCCAAAUGUAAUUGAAAAGUUAUCAAAAUUUACAAUAACUGUACACUAACAAGAGAACUCAAUUUAAUAAUUGAUUAAACAAAAUGAUAAAUUAAAGAUUGAAUAUUAGGAAAUGUCUAAUGAUAAUGCUAAAUUACUUGAGGAAAUGAAGUAUUUGAAUUUUGAGAAGAUUAAUUACAAAAAACAAUUGGAGGAAUAAACAAUCACUGAGAGUGAGAUUUAUCAAUAAAAGAAAAGAGAGUUCUUGGAAAUGAAAUUAGCGUAUACAUCUGAAUAUAUUUAUAGUGCUACAUUGAAGUAAUUGGAUACAUUAAAGGGUGAGUUGUCCUUGUAUGAGAAUAAGUCCAAAUCGCUAUAGAAGUAAAUCAAAGAUUAAGAAAAAGAGUUUAAAUAGAGUACGAUGGAAUUACAGAAGCAAAAAUAAAAUUUAGAAGAUUAAUGCAAUAAAAAGGAUAUAAUGAUAUAAGACCUAAAUGAUAGAAUUAAUAUCUUGGAUUUAUUAAAACAAAAAAACUCUCCUAAACCCUCUGAGUCUCCCCUUACUCUAUAACACAAAAAGUCUUUCUCUCCUCCCACAACAUAUAGAGAUGAAAUGACUUAAUUCCCAGAAAAUCAAUCAUCAGAUAUUAAUUCGGAUGCUAAUUGUAGUCCUAUUAAUAAGAACCAAUUAGAAGUCUUAUUUUAACAAUUAAAAUUCAAGAUCCUCUCUUAAAAAUUAACAAAGGAAAGGAUACAUUUUACAUUCCAUAAUAAAGAAUUCAUAUAAUUAGGAGAGGCAAUCUAAGUUUUUAUGAAUGCACCCUAUAACUUUUAGAAGUCCGAUUCAAUAAUACUUUGUAGAUAUCUGAUUGGAGAGGAUCAAGGAUUCUCUAAUUCUUUAUAAUUUUAGGAUACAUAAGAAGUAAGAGAAAUUAUAGAUCAACUUUAUAGUCAUCCUAAAAUAAAAUCUGAAUAUUUGACAUUUCAGACAAUCUUGAAAUAGAAUUACUACUCAAAAUUAGUAAAUUAAAAAUUGGUUUAAUGCAACAUACCAAGUAAAAUAUACAAUCGAGAUGAUUUUAUACUGCUAUUGAAAAACAACUUUAAUUUCACUUAUGAGCAAAUAGACUAUAUGUUGAUGAUGAAUUAUUUAUAUUCGAAUGAAGUCGAUAAUAUCGAUAUCAAUGUUCUCAGAAAAUUUAUAUAGCAGGAGUGUGAUCUCUAAGCAACACUUCAUAAUUUAGCAUAUGUUUGUCAGGAAUCUAUUCGAUAUAUUCCAAAGAAGAUCAAUAAAGUUUCAUAUUCAGAUGAUGAUUAAUCUAAUUUUCCAAUAGUUGAAAGUAAGGAUUUGAAAUCUGUCUAAACACAAAGAGAUGAUUCAAAAAUUGAAAUGAGACCACCUGAAUUAUCAAAUCAAGUAUAAAACAUCAUUACAAGUGAACAAUACUUAACAUUCUCAUAAUUUAAAAACUCUGAUUAAUAACUCAAAAGUUCGGAAUCUAGAAAACCAAGCAAUCAUAAUAACAAUAGUGAUAUCUUACAAUAUAGUCAAUCAUUACUACCUUAGGCUACUUUAAAAAGACCAUCAGAAUAUUAAUAGAUCACAUCAGAUAACUCCAUUCACUUUAAUAUUACAAAUUAAUUCUAGUCUCCUUAAUAAAAUAAGAAAAGAAUAAAUUAAAUAAGUGAAUUUUAAACAGGAAAAGAGAUUGUUGAUUAAAGGAAUAUCCAAUACAAUGUUGAUAAUGAUACAUAAAUUACUGAUGUCAACAAAAAAGAGGAUGAGUAUUAUGAGGAAAUCUAGGAGGAAUAUAUAGAAGAAUUGUGAUAAUUAUAAAGUAAUAAAAUUUAUUUUGAUAUUUUAAUUAAUAAAAA